AUGAUCAAGUCGUAUCCACCGGCGGCCACCAAUAUUUCUACCGGAGUUACCACCGUGGAUUGCCAAAAACAGGUCCGGUCAUGGCGGCUCCUCCGUGCCAUCAUGGAGUUCCUUAUUCCCAGCUGCAACUGCACCUUCGUCGAAGAAGAUACCGACGACGAAAACUCCAGUCAGACCUCCGACAGCUAUCACCGCCGACAACAACCGCCGUACAUCACCGGCACCCUGUUCGGCUACCGCCGCGGAAAAGUCAGCUUUUGCAUCCAAACAAACUCCAAGUCCUCCGGCGCCAGCGCCGGCGGCGGCGGGGGUCCGCUCCUCCUCCUCGAGCUGGCCGUGUCCACCACCACGCUGGCCCGGGAAAUGCGCGGCGGCGUGGUGAGGAUCGCGCUGGAGAGCAAGAGAAACGGGGCGCCGGGAACGCCUCUGCUCUCGACGCCGGUGUGGAAUAUGUACUGCAACGGGAGGAAAGUGGGGUUGGCGGUUAGCCGCAGGCCGGGAAAAGCGGACAUGGAGGUGCUGCAAAAGAUGCGUUCCGUGGGGGUCGGCGCUGGAAUUAUUGACGGUCAAGAGCUGAACCGGAAAGACGAUAUCAUGUACCUGAGAGGAAAAUUUGAGAGAGUUCAUGGUUCGUCGGAAUCGGAAUCGUUUCAUUUGAUUGAUCCCGAUGGUAAUGUCGGUCAAGAACUCGGUAUCUUCUUUCUCCGGUCGCGCCAGCAUUGA